CCCUUUUCCCUUUAAUUUCUCUAUCAAUUUCAUUCUCUCUCUCUACCCCUCUCUCUCUCUCUCUACAAAUAUAUUUAUAAAUAUAUGUAUGUAAGCAUACUGUUGAAGAAAACUUGAUCUGAAUUGUUGAAAAUGGACAAAGAUUACUUCAUGAAUGGUGGUGGUGGAAUCCCAACUCCGUGGAGUGGUGGAAUGAACUGCACUUCUUCCGACCAAUCUUUCAUCGACCCCAAUUCAGUGACGUCACAUUUCGAUUCAUCUUUCAGCUCAAUCAAUGCCGUCCUCCGCCGUCUCCGCCGCCGCCUCGGAAGCCUUCAUCCUCCGCGAACUGAUCGGAAAACUCGGCGGAGGCGGCAUCGGGAGCUCCAUCGCUUUCCCGGCGACGGCGACCCCCUUCUCCGGCGCUCACAACACAACUCCACCUCCUCCUCCGCCGCCGCCGCUGCAUUCUCUCUCCGGCGAUCCGGGUUUUGCGGAGAGGGCGGCGAAAUUCUCCUGCUUCGGCAGCCGGAGCUUCAACGGCAGAACGGCGGCGUUCGAGAUGAUGAACGACGGCGGCGGCGGCAGAUCCGCCACUCCUCCGGCAGAUAUGCAUAUGCACCGAGUUUCGAGUAGCCCAUGUCUGAAUCCUCCGGCGGCGGCGGAGAAGAAGAAGAUUAGUUUAAUAAGACAACAACCCCAAGUGGAGUACAACAACAACUCAAACGAAGAAUCCUCUGUUUCAGACCAAAUCCCAAGUGGGGAAACAUUAUCAAAAAACUCAAACGAGCUGAAUUCUUCUAGAAAGAGAAAAUCCCUUUCGCGAACAAAAGAUCGAUCCAUUAAUCCAUCUAAUAAUAAGCGAACAAAGGAUCAUCAGAACAAAGACGACGAGGAUGAUGAAGAAGAAGAUAAGGGUGAUGAAAAGUCGAAAGAAAAGACGACGGAGGAUCAAAAACCACCUGAACCACCAAAAGACUACAUUCAUGUCAGAGCUAGAAGGGGACAAGCCACUGACAGCCAUAGUCUUGCUGAAAGAGUCCGGCGAGAGAAAAUCAGUGAGAGAAUGAAACUACUACAGGAUCUUGUACCAGGUUGCAAUAAGGUUACUGGAAAAGCACUGAUGCUUGAUGAAAUCAUAAAUUAUGUUCAGUCUUUACAGCGCCAGGUCGAGUUCCUGUCAAUGAAGUUGUCCUCAGUAAAUCCAGGCCUGGAUUUCAGCAUGGAAAAUCUUCUUCUCUCCAAAGAUAAUAUGGUACAACAGAAUACAAGUGUGCCCCAGCAGAUGUACCCUUUGGAUUCCUCUUCACCACCAUUGUUUCAUCAAAAUGUACAACAAUUACAAAAUAAUAAUAAUAUUAGUAAUAAUAAUAACAAUAACAAUAAUAGCACAAUUUCUGUGGAGCCUAUAAUACAUAUAGAUCAUGCCACAUUGUGCCGUAACUUGGGAAUUCAAUUGCCUUGUCUUGACAGAUUCACUCAUGAUAUUCUUCCUCAGUUCCCGGGAUUUAGUGAAGAUGAUCUCCAGAGCAUUGUUCAGAUGGGUUUUGCUCAGAAUCCAGCCAACUUCUCGACAGUCCAAAAUCAAACGUCGAACAUGAAAGUUGAAAGGUGACCGACCGACCGACCGACCGACCGGCCCUGAACAACGAGAAAAGGCUCUUGCUGUAUAUAAAUGAGAAUUUUAUUUAGUACUAAUCCAAUAAUUUUUAUAUAUUUUUUUUAAUGUUGUUUUCUUUAUUGCUACAAAAGUUAUGUACUUAAAUUUAUUCUAUUUUCCAUUUUCUUUUUUUUGGUCGAAAGCACCAAAUUAUUUGUACUACAGAGUAUGUAAGAUAUAUAUAUUCGAUUAGUUAAAGAAUUGAGAAAUGAAAUGAAUUUUUUUUUUUCA